UUCUUAUUAUUUUGAUUUCUUUAAAGCCAGAGUGAUUCAGAUUUGUUGAGAAAUGGAGGAAAGUAAUCAUGAAAACGAAAUACUUCCAGCAUUGUCUUUUAGCCAGGAAUCAGUCAACUCGAAUUUACAGUCCUCUGAACCAACCAAAAUUCAAUGUCUCCAGUGCAGUCGUGUUUAUCAAUUUCCCGCAGACAAAGAUGACUAUCUCGCACAUCUGUUUUUGGAGCACCGAUUGGUUAUAGCAGAUGUGGAUGAUAUUCCAUUACUUGAAGAAUAUUUGAUUUAUUGGCUUAGAGAAUUCACAGGUCAUGAGUUGGAGCAAUAUUGCACCACAAUGCUUUUGGAUCAAUUGCCAGAUGGUACACCUGCGAAAAACGAAAGAUAUUAUUUACUGAGCGAUAUAUUACCAAAAGAUUACGAACUGCGCCACAAUCUACAGAAAAAUCACCUGGAACGUGCCCUCGCUCAGCAUCAGUUCGAACUAACAGAUCGUAAUUUUUCAAAGGAAUGUCUCUAUUGUCGUGAUAUUAUUACUGGGUUGCGUUCUGAAUUUCUGGAGCACUUAUUUAAUAAACACUUCUUACAAUUAGGUAAACCUGAAAAUCUGGUUUAUAUAGAUGAGCUACUGGCAAAAGUACAAAGCAAUCUUGAAAAUUUAGUGUGUCUUUAUUGCGAAAAAGUCUUUAAAGAUCGAUCCACUUUAAAGGAACACAUGCGUAAAAAAGCACACAAACGUAUCAAUCCCAAUAAUCGGGAAUAUGAUCGUUUCUUCCUGCUAAACUAUCGCAAUAAAAAGCCACACAAUAAACCACCUGUUGGAAAAAGGAAAACUGAACGAAGACGUAAAACACAAGAAGAAACAGUAGCAGAAGUGCGCUCACCCGAAUUGGCGACAUCACCAGAUUUUGAACACCACUUUCCUGUGCGUAGCCAGAGUGAUGCAAGUGAUUCAGACUGGUCUGAUUGGGAUGAAGAUAUGGGAAAGAUGUCCCCUUUCAAUUGCCUUUAUUGUAAACAGAAAGAGGAAAAAUUCGAGGUUCUAAAGAAACAUAUGCUAGCCACACAUAACGUAGAUUUUGAGUCAGCUCUACUGGGACUGAAUUUUUAUGAGAAAAUCAAAGUUGUCAACUAUGUGCGACGACAAAUAUGUUUGAUGCGCUGUGUAACCUGCAAUUUGCGUUGUGAAGAUGAAGAAAAAUUACUACUUCAUAUGGAAGCCGAGAAACAUUUCGGUUGUGGCACUAAAAAGCAAUGGGAUAAGCCUGAAUAUUUCUUUCCCACUUACGAGGAUGACAGUCUUCUAUGUGUGCUUGAUGACAGUCCCAAUGACGAUAUGGAUGACGGUGUGGUGCGAAUUAUAUCUGAAGAUACAAUGGCACAGAUAAAUAAAGAUGCUGAACGACUGUCUUUGGAGAACUUUCCAUACGCCUAAUUUAGAGUGCUAAUAUUUAUAAUAACGAAUAAUCGACUCAAAUGCAUAUUGUAAAGUAUGAACAGAUUCAAAAUCAAAAUAGUGCUUAUUGUGUACAACAAA